AUGGCGGACACUGUCUUGAAGCAUCGAGCUGAGUUUGCCUUUGCUCAGAUUGAGAACGAGAGAUCUCUGGCAUCUCUUCGUGACGAGCUAAGGGUAGCUCGUGGGAUUGUUGAUCGGUCUCGGGAUGAGAUAGCUGCUCUUCAGACCCUUGUUGAUGCCCACAAUCGGGAGCACAAGGCUCUCUGUGAGAUGCUUGAGCGCAAGGGCGUUCUUCAUCGGAAGAAGCAGCGUACUGAUGGUACGGCUUAA